CGAUUCCCGGCGGCUCAAAGCUUAUGUCGGGUUGUUGCUCAUGGCAGACACAUUGAAUUCGGUCUUCAAUAUGUGGUGGAUAUAUAAUGUGCUCGUUAAUAAGUUCGGCGAUGUUACAGCACUUCAAAAUGCGGACUGGCUGUUUGAAACAGGUAUGGUUCCCGUUGCAUUCGCCAGACAAGCCGUCGACCGCGAACUGACACUAAGCCACUGGCAGAGGAAGCCUUGGGGGUACGUGUACUCAUUACACCAGUUCCAGCGGAUCUGACUAGUCCCGCAGGGAAUCAUUGCUAUGAUAGUUCAGUUCUUCUACGCAUGGCGUAUAUGGAAGCUGACAAACAACUACUUCGCCGUUGCUGUGAUUUUGAUGACCUCGUUGGUCGGCGGGUUGUCGGGUAUCGGAACGGCGAUUGCAGUGACUAUCAAACCAGCAUUUUCGGGAUUUCAAAACCUGAAGGUCAUCGUAAUUUUGUGGUUGCUUGGCGGAGCCGUAUGUGACGUCCUAAUAACGUUAGCACUUUCAUGGCACCUGCGACAAAGACGCACCGGUUUUAGAAGUACAGACACAAUAAUCUCUAGGAUCAUCCAAGUUACUGUAUCGAAUGGCUUGCUGACUGCCGGGUUCGCUGUAGCCGAUAUUAUUGCAUUCUUGGCAACGCCGCGGGGAAUCCAUGUGGCUUUCAACUACACUCUCAUCAAGCUAUAUGGAAAUUCUAUGAUGUCCAGUCUCAAUUCACGCACAUUGUUGACGCCGUCGAGGGACAGGACAUUCUCUCAUGGCAUGAAUGACGACUCCGGCUCAGGCAGGAACACCGAGGGUAGUGUUGUCCACGGUGAUAACAGCAAAAGAACGCCUCGGCCCGCACAGCUCGUCGUCAAUGUUGAAACACACGAACUUGUUGAUGUAUCAGGGGCAAGUCGCAAAUCUGACCCAGAAUGGGUAGGCAGCGGGUACAGCCAUAGUGAUGUUAAGGAUGUGGUAGCGAUCUAGUUUUCAUUAUUUGACAUGUGUAAUACUCUGACGUGUUCCAGCCUCGUACAAGACGUAUGCGGAUGGGGUCAUGUCCACCUCGUAACGGAUCGAUAUGAUACUUAAUUCCUUGGGCGUGUACUAAUCACAAGAAGUUGCGCGAUACUAUUAAGUAACUUCACGGAUCUCAGACAUCGUCCGAACGGAUAUUCUCUCGC